CUCAGUUUUCCCGCGCAGCGACCAAGUGCGCGCGCAACCGUCCCGCGCGCGAACGUUUUCAAACGCCUACGAGACCCGCCGAAUUAAAACAUUGUGCCAUCUGUGUAAAUAAAAAAUAAAAAAUAUUUUAUCUGUGAUUAGUUUUUAAAAAGUGAGUUUUAGUGUUGUGCCAUUAAAUUCAAGGAUAAUCGAUACGUAAAGUGGCGGCAAGAUGACGACGAAAUCGUACAGCAAGCACAAGGAGUUCAAAGAGUUCUCCAGCAGCAGCCGCGGCAAUGCGCCCUUCGCGGGGGAACAAUUCGACAUGCUGAAAUCCGAACUGAUCCCGGCGAACAGCAAGCUCAACAACGUCGGCAAUGGCGGUCACCGCGAGUACCAGUACGAGUACCGUGAGGAGAAGCUGCCGCACGGGAAGUACGACCGCAAGGACCUGCACACCGUCGAGGAGUACACAGUACCCCCAAAAACGCUGCCGAAGUCCGAAGCCAGCUCGUACUUCUACGAGCGCGAGGAACGCGACCUGCCUGCCAUCACCGCAGGCACCAGGACCUACAACUACGAAUCCAACAUCAGUUCCACGCCAGGUUACUCGAAGGUGAAGAGCAGCAAGGUGACCAAAGACCUGUCGCACAACGUGGAAGAACUGGACUCGCUCCUCGACGACCUGCAGAAGGACCAGGAGCGACAGCUGUAUAAGAGUGGCUACGCAUCUGACACAGCUGAAAGCACAUCAUUCGACUAUAAGCGAGGCACGCCAGUGAAGGCUCCGUCCAGUGGCUACUCAACCCUCAAGCGUGAGGAGCAGCGCGUGGAGUCAUCCUCGUGGGGAUCCAGCCCCCCUCCCCCCACCACCACCCGCGCGGCGGAGAUCAGGCAGGAGAUGUACCGGGAGGAGAAAACAGAGUCCCGUGUGGUGCCGCAGGUGGUGCCCGCGCCGGCGCCGGCGCAGAUUCAGGCCUGCACGCACUGCCACCACCAGACCAGCUCCACAGGCACUCUGUCCCGCUCCAGCACGCCCAUGAAUAAAGUGACGACAACAGUGAAGACCUACACGUACGAGGUGCCCGCCGACCAGGACCCCGCCACCGUGCCCAUCCCCACCCACGAUUCUCACACUUAUGUCAGCGACACUGAAAAUAUCCGCACAUUGAGCCGAACGACUGCCGGUGCCCCGGUGGCGCCACCUCCCGGCGGCUGCCAGUACUGCCAGCACUGCAACACUAGCACCAGAGUGCGUCGCGACCAAUAUUCCGCCACUGACGUAUCUGAGCACACGACGGAACGCAUGGUGUACCCGUCUCCAGCCAACGAAGUGAAGCUACUUCCGUCCAAUCCCCCCGCUCCCGUCGCCACUCAUCUGACGCCGGAGCGCAAUGGACACGGCCCUUAUGGUCCAUCGACAUACAAGUACAGCGAGACGACGUACUCGCGGCACGACACGACGGAGCGCGCGACCCCCUCCCCCUUCCCGCGCCCCUCCACGCCCUCCCAGCGGGACCAGCAGCCCCCCAAGCGACUGGACGACCUGCUGGCUGACUUCCCUGAAGCGAGAUUCCCAGUCUCGCAGCCCGACGGUGUGGUGCGUCGUAAAGUCGAAGUCUCCCAUGAAUCCCGCCAGGCCUCCUCCCCGCCUCCUACACCUACUGCGAAGGCCCCAGCGGUGGGCAGCAAGAACGUCGCCGGCCCAGCCGUGUACUACCCACCUGGACACACGCCGUUCGCUAAAAAGGAUGCUCCUAUUGCGUAUACGGCUGGUGGAAGCGCUUCAGCGGCUCAAGGCGGCGGCGCGUACGCGUCCGGCCGCGGUAUGUACGAGUACGAGAGCGGCGCGCGCAGCAAGGAGAAGCACUCCGAGAAGAAGACCGCCGUGCCCAUCUGUCUGCCGCUAUGCUGCGCCAUGCCGUGCGUCAUCAUGUAAACUAGGCUUAGAUAAUGUAGAUGGUA